CACAUUCGCAUCAAAUUUUCAACGCGCCCAAACCAUGGCACGGACCGCGAGAAGACGAAGAGUCUCCACUGCCAGAGCGAGGAAAAGGAGAUCCAGAUCAAGGCGGAGGAAGACCGGCCCAAGGGUUUCAGAUCUUAUUUUGAUAGCCGUGGCUGCGUCUCGCGCGCCCAAAGGUGUGCCUCUGGUCGCGCUGAAAAAGGCGCUCGCGGGCCGCGGGUACGAUGUCAAGAAGAACAACUCGCGCGUCAACCUCGCGCUCAGAUCGCUCGUUAGGAGAGGUUUGCUCGUGCAGACCGGAAGGGCCGGAGCGCGCAGGUCGUUUAAGGUGAGCAGUCGCGCUGCGAUGAGGAGGAGGAGGCCAGCCAGGAGGCGUAGAAGAGCUACUAGAAGGGCACCCAGGAGAGUGAGGAGGAGGAGGCGGAGGAGGGCGAAAAGACGUUCAGCAAAGAGAAUGACCAUGAGGCGAAGAAGGAAGGUGAGAGGAGCGAGGCGUAAAGCCGCAAAACGCAGAAGAUCCACGGUCAGGAGGAGGAGGAGGAGGAGGAGGGCUCCUAGGAGGAAGUAAGAAGUUUGGGUCAUCUUCCAAAAAUAAUUUCACUGACGAUCAACCUAAAGACAAAAUAUCAUAACAACAACAGAAGCGAGACACAAAACCAAAACAUUAAACAC